GCACCCAUUUAUUCAAUCCGAUGCCAAAAGUUGUGGUUGCAAUUCAUCCAAAACCUUUUCUCUUAAAUCAUAAGAUUUUUCACGAUCAACCCAAAAACCAAACAAAUGGCGUUGCUGAACUUCCUUUUCCCGCCGUCUCUUUUCAUCACUGCAACGUCUCUUGCGUCUUUCACGUCACUGGCGAGUGCUGGGUUAUCAGAAUUUAGAGGAAAGAAUCUCGAGUACUCCAAGUUUUUCAACGUCGCUUCAAAAGCUUCCGAUGCAGAAAAAUCGAACAAGUUAACGCUUCCGAGUAGAAUCGCCAUGGCCACGCUUUAUACACCGGCUUUUCUUGCUGGGGUUUCUUCGUUUGCGAUUUUCCCAGAAGAGAAUCUCAGGCUUUUGUUGCUCAAAUCCGCCAUUUCCAUCCAUUUCUUCAAGAGAGUUCUCGAGUCGUGUUUUGUUCAUAAAUACAGUGGUGAAAUGGGAGUCGACACGAUGAUAACAGUACUCUCAAGCUAUUUCAUUUCCAGUGCACUCAUGAUCUUCAACCAACACUUAACGAUUACACUACCCGAACCGGCAAUUGAUUUGAAAAGCCCUGGGAUCCUCUUGUUUCUCCUGGGAAUCACCGGCAAUUUCUACCAUCAUCUUCUUCUCUCCAAACUCAGAUCCCAAGGCCCCGGCAAGGAAUACAAGAUCCCAAAGGGGGGUUUGUUUGGAGUUGUGGUUUGCCCUCACUACCUGUUUGAGGUUUUAAUUUUCUGGGGAUUUGCUUUCAUUUCCCAGACCUUGUUUUCAUUUGCAUAUGCGAUGGGCACUACUUGUUACUUGCUGGGUAGAAGUUAUGCAUCCAGGAGAUGGUACCUUUCGAAGUUUGAUGAUUUUCCCAGGAAUGUUAAGUCCAUGAUUCCAUUCUUGUUCUAGUUCUGUAGGUUGAGAUAUGUUGUUUAAAGCUAGAUUCAGUGCUCAGCCUUUGAGUAGCUAUGAAGA